AUGCUAUUGCUUUUCAGAAUGGAUAACACACUUCCACUAUGCUUCACAAUUAUCGCAUUGGAAGAGCUAAAGAGACUUCUUACACCAAUUGAGAGAUUGCCUUUAAGGUUAGGUGGAGAAUCUGGUAGCGAAUACAUAAACAGACUACUACAUGCCCAUCCUGAUUUAUGCAAAGAACAAUUGAGAUUAGAUAGAAACAUACUUGUGGAUCUUGUUACUUGCAUGAAAAAUAAAAAUUUAUUAUCGGAUGGUCAUUACAUAUUUGUGGCUGAGCAAUUAGGAAUAUUUUUAUAUAUCAUGGCUAAAGGCAGUUCUUAUCGUGGUGCUGCCGGUCGAUUUCAGCACUCUAUUGCAACAAUUGGGUUGUACUUUAAACAAGAUUGUGUUGGAGCAUUGGAUGGGACUCAUAUAAAUGCAGUUGUAAGCGAUGAUGAUGGUGUGGCACAUCGAGGGCGUUCUGGAAAAAAAACAUGGAAUGUUUUGGCUGCCUGUUCCUUUGAUAGAUUUUUCACAUUUAUCAACGUUGGAUUUGAAGGUAGUGCUCAUGAUAUUACUGUAUGGAACCAUUGCUUAACCGUACCAGAAUUUCGAUUUCCCCAUCCACCUCCAGGAAAAUAUUAUCUAGUAGAUUCUAGAUAUUCGAAUACCGUUGGAAAUUUGAGUCCAAUAAAAGAUAAAGAUAUUAGAACCCAUUUGCCCGAAUUUCGAAAUGGUCCACCACCUCAAGGCAUUCUUGAACUUUUUAAUUAUCUUCACUCUUCACUUCGAACAACGAUCGAGAGAUGUUUUGGACAAUUAAAAUCUCGAUGGAAAAUAUUGACAAUGAUGUCAAAUAUGGACACUAAACAUCAAUUGGCAAUUAUGGUUGCUACAUUCACACUUCACAAUUUUAUUCGAUUACAUGAGUUAGAUAUACCCAUUGAUAGUGGUAUAGAAAUCGAACCAAGAGCAGAUUAUGAUUUGUUUAACAAGAAUCGUAAAGUUGUAAUGAAAGAAGUACAACUUAAUAUAGUGAAGGAAAUUUGGAACUUCUUGUAA